CGCUGCGCCUGGGAGGGCGGAGUGAGCUCAGGUAGCGGUCGGCGUGAGGGGCUGUAGCUUCCCAGGACACCGCUGCUCGUCCGCAUGGAGGCCAGGCUGCUCCUCGGGGCGCUGCUGUGCGCCGGGCUGCCGCCGGCUUGGUCUCCGCGAGGUGCCAGCGCGCAGCCUCCCGCCGGCGGCGACUUCCCCAUCCUCAGCCCAAGCAGCGCCGCGGGACCUUGGGGAGGGGACGGCCUCGGCGCGGCCACGCAGGAGUCUGGAAUGACAGUUCAUAAUGCUUCAGUUAAUACAGUAUCGUUGUCUCAGAACAGAAGACUUCACAGUAUGAAAUGUGGACCAUCCAGUUCAUUUGCGUGUUUUAACGGAGGUGAAUGUGUCUACAGGGAACUCUGCAACUGCAGUCGAUUUAAUGCAUCUGGACCAAGAUGUCAGACAGUGUACAACACAGGUGCUGAAAGAGAUCACAUAUGCAGAACAUGGGGUCAAUAUCACUUUGAAACUUUCGAUGGACUCUAUUACUAUUUUUCUGGGAAAUCCACAUAUGCACUUGUGAGACAAACUGAAUUAGAUGAGCAGAGUUUUUCUAUACAGGUGAAUAAUGAUCCUGAAUGCCUUUCUUCUCCAUAUUCUUGCAAACGGUCUGUUAGUUUAUUCUUUUCCGGAGAUGAACAAAUAAAAAUGAGCAGUGAAGUCACCUAUAAAGGAUUUGGACUUCAGUUACCUUCUGUUAUUGGAAACUUACACAUCCAGAAACUAGCUGGAUACUUUCUAGUCAGGCACCAGUAUGCCUUUACUCUGGCUUGGGAUGGUAUAUCUGCAGUGUAUAUCAAAAUGGCACCAGAGUACUUGGGCAAAACACAUGGACUGUGUGGGAACAAUAAUGCUGUCCUGCAGGAUGAUCUUGAAACUAGUUAUGGAAAAUUGACAGAUGAUAUAACGGAGUUUGUGGAGAGUUGGCAGGAAAAUCCUCCACAAGGACAACCCAUUUGGGAUAACUCUUUUCUCAAUGAGCCACCUUGCCUGACUCAAAGCCAUGAAUCUUUACAGAGAGCAUAUGCUCUGUGUAAUACUCUACUGCAUCCUCCAUUUGAACAAUGUCACGAAUAUGUGAGCCCUCUUCCUUUUAUGGCAAGCUGCACCAGUGAUCUUUGCAUGUCAGCAGUUGAUAAUGCAACUUGGUGUCGAGCAUUAACUGAAUAUGCCAGAGCAUGUGCCCAAGCAGGAAAACCUCUUCAUGGAUGGAGGAGGCACUUUCAGCCAUGUGUAAUUACCUGUCUUGAACCAUUGACCUACAAUGAGUGCAUCAACUGUUGCCCUGCUUCAUGUCACCAGCAAUCACAGUGUAUUGACAGUGAACUUCCCUGCAUUGAUGGAUGCUAUUGUCCGGAUGGCUUUAUUUAUGAAAAUGGAUUGUGUGUCAAGCCUAUGGACUGUCAUUGCGAUUACCAUGGCAGUUCUUUUGAAACAGGUUCUGUGGUUUAUGAGGAAUGUAAUAAUUGCACUUGCAUUGGAGGAAAAUGGCUUUGUACCAAUCUUACAUGUCCAGGUAUGUUUAAGAAAAAACAGUCUUGGUUACUUAACUUUUUUCAGUGA